CGAUAUUUGAAAAAAGUGAUAUUGCGAUAGGCACAGAUGUCGAUUGUUGUCAUCUGAUAUAUUUAUAACUCCUGAACGAAAAAUUGUGCUACACGAAGCAAAUUUCCCUUGGAAAAUCAAGUAUACAGCAGCAUUCUAGAGGUAGAGAGUCAAGCAGCAACAAGCCCACAUUCACAAUGGAGAACAACGAAGCCCCCUCCCCAUCCGGAUCCAAUGUGAACGAUUUUCCCAUACUUCCGCCACCACCGAACAACAACAACUUCCAACCGAACCAAUACGGGGACCAUCACAGCAACAACAAUGCAGCCCAGAAGCGACUGCAGCAGACGCAGGCCAAGGUGGACGAGGUGGUCGGGAUCAUGCGGGUGAAUGUGGAGAAGGUGCUGGAGCGGGACCAGAAACUCUCGGAGCUGGGAGAACGAGCCGACCAACUGGAGCAGGGCGCCUCGCAGUUCGAACAGCAGGCCGGAAAACUGAAGCGCAAACAGUGGUGGGCCAACAUGAAAAUGAUGAUCAUCCUAGGCGUGAUUGCCGUAGUGCUGCUCAUCAUCGUCCUGGUGUCCGUUUGGCCAUCUAGCAGUAGCAGCGGAGGUGGUGGAGCUAAGGCCGUUACCGAGGCGCCUCACUAGGUGCCCCCAGAAGACAAGGAGGACAGGAUUGGGGCAACCACACAGAUACGGAACAGGAACCUAUGGACCAAACCUAUGUAUAUCUGGAACGGGAACCAAGCAGCAUUAGCUUUUGGCCUUAUCGCACAACACAGAGAGGGUGGAGAGAAUCAUAAUGAAAAUUUAACUAAAAAUCGCGUCUAACAUAUAUUUAACCAGAAUGUAAUUAUUAAAACUUAAUGUUAAACCAAACAAUUUCACGUAUUGUAGCCGAGACCAGAGGUCCGUGUGUAUGUUUAUGCAAAUGUACAAUUAUAUAUAUAUAUACUUGUAUUUCUUAAAAUUGUAACAAAAAAAGUGUAUGUGCCCACCCUUUAA